AUGAUCUUCCCUCUUACACAUCUUCUUGUGACUGCCCGUCUGGUUUCUGGAGCAUGCGAAUGCGGUUACUCGAUCAAAAAUCCCCAAGGCGAUAGCCCAAUAGUGUUCACUGAUCGGCUGGAGACCAAGUUCAGCCAGCUACACAACAUCUCUGAAGGGCACGAUUGGGUAGCUCAAAACUUUUCAGUAUCGGCAGCAGAUGGUAGGGGCAACUUCAGCAAAGCAUUCCUGCCCACCAAUGUCAACACUCGUGGAACAAAGUCUGGGGAUGAUUCUGGGCUUGAGCUACGUGUAAGAAGUGUAGUCAACAAAGACGAUGCGAUCCCGUCGAGCGAAGUCGAUACAGCGAGACUUGACCUUCACUGGGGGUCGUUCCGAGCAGGAAUGAAACUGACGGACGUCAAGGGCACCUGUGCCGCUUUCUUCUGGUAUUUUAACGAUACCCAGGAGAUCGAUAUCGAGUUCCUUUCUCAAGAGUUUGAUCACGAUAAUGGUAUAUACCCUAUCAAUCUGGUUGUUCAGUCCAAGAAAUCCUUGGAGGCUGGCUAUGAUGCCAGCAAAACUGGCAGUUUCAAACGAGUCAGGCUAGAUUUCGACCCGACAGACGCUUUUCACGAGUAUCGCUUUGACUAUCUUCCAGGACAGGUCCUAUUCUACGCUGACGGCAAACUACUCGCCCGCAUGAAAGGAGGCGACAUGCCUUCUUCUGGAGGCCAUUUGAUUCUUCAGCAUUGGAGUAACGGCAAUCCGUUAUGGUCAGGGGGGCCUCCAAAAGAGGAUGCCACAGUCACUGUCAGUUUUGUCAAAGCUUACUUCAACUCAUCAAACAGUGAGCGCCAGUCGCAACUGGUGCAACAAUGUCACAAAUCAUCAGAGGAAACUUCAGGGUGUGCGAUAUAUGAUUCGGAUAAUGAUGAAAUCGAUAAUGCAGCUGCUAGCACAAGGAGAGUCGCGCAAGAAAACUUUGUCUGCGUCUUGGUUGUUGGCCUGAUAAUGCCCUUUCUGCAGUUGAGCCAUAUUUUCUUAGUGGUGUGA